GCAGAACAUCCUGCUACCCCACCACCGUCAAGCCACCCUGACCUCAUUGUAUUGGGCAGGAACAUGGAAGGUAAAUUCGCGGUGUGCUUGGGUUAGACUCUGUGGCCUAAACAUGCCUCGAGGAGCGUUACCGUAUCGAAUCUUUGAUAGCGCUUUAGUGCAAUUUAAUACAGUUCGGAACACUACAUUUUAAUGGUCCAGAGAGGUUGUCAGUCGUUUCACUCAUGUUCAGUAUCGCCUAGCCGGGCUUUAUGUGACAGAUGGCAAAAGAUGCCUCAGGGAAACCCCAAAUGGAAAUUGACCGAGAAUGCGCCACCGAGCCAUCGUUGUUAUAUUCGAUAACAAAAGAAUAUCGGAGCCAGACAGCGUAUGACCAUGUAGGAAGCUCCACUUACCGGUACAACGUUGCGAUACACAAUAGAGGGGGCAGAGGUUACGAACCGGAUGACCCUCAUCCUGUCUAUGCGCCUUCGAGUUCUCAGAGAGCAGUAGCUAGGGCCAGCCAACUGUCCUUGAGAACAUUUCACGGCCAUUUCUGGGAUAAAGAUACUUUACUCCAACCCCUUGCUUCUCAAACUGCACCAUUACCUGUACCGCUAGAUCUGGAUACAACUCUGUAUGAGAGCUUCAAGAAUACCACUGGUACAGAGCGAUCAGACUCGGCACAUUCUUCAUCGAUACCAUGCAGUCAUGCGACUUCAGUCGUCUCUCAUGGCCCGAGAAGCCAAGCCGGGUCGACUCCAAGUCAGGACAACAGCGCAUGGUCUAAUUCGUCGUUCCCUUCGCCCCAACGGUACUUAUCGAAGAACAUAGUUGUUGCUGGUAGUACGAAAGGGAAGCCAUCACGCCCAAUAAUCAACAGGCCGCUGUUGACUGUGGACGCGGAACCGAGCAGCUCUAAGACUGCGGACAACGUAUAUGCGUUUCUAGAUUCUUUCAGACGUACAUCUCUACCAAGUAGUUCUCAUGAUCGUCAUGAAUCGGCCCGGCUAGACUACGUUUUCGCAGAGUUUCAACGCGAUUUAAAGCAGUUCCUCUUUCCAAAGCACAAUAUCUGACGAUGGUAGUGAUUAUAACUCCAUCCCCUCAUCACAUCAAACGAUACCAUCAGUGCGGCCGAGAUUGCGCUCUGUACCUCCAGACUCGACCCUCCUUUGCGAAUUUGUGGAGUAUUCAAAUUGCGAUGUUGCCUUCCAUCCAA